AUGGUCUACAACACGAGAAAAUCGUGCUAUAAAGAACCGGGCUGUUUGUGCUCGGAACCCGGCCACAACGAGCCAUGCAAUCACCAGCACCAACCUAUCAACUUCUCUCGCAUCGGUAAGGGGAUUGCAGCGGCUCCGGACGGCUCAGAAAGACGGCAGCACUUACCACCACCGCCUCUACUACAGGAUUACAAAGAAGAAAAGGACAGACCUUGUGGCCAAAACUCGCCGGCUUCAGAGGACAACAAACACAGCAAUUCAUCCAAGAAGAAGACCCGAACCGUUUUCUCCCGGAGCCAGGUGUACCAACUCGAGUCCACCUUCGACAUGAAGCGCUACUUGAGCAGUUCUGAGCGGGCCUGCCUAGCCUCGAGCCUGCAGCUAACAGAGACACAGGUGAAGACUUGGUUCCAAAACCGCAGAAACAAGUGGAAGAGACAGCUUUCCGCGGAACUGGAAGCGGCCAACAUGGCACAUGCUUCCGCACAGACUCUAGUAGGGAUGCCGCUGGUAUUCAGAGACAAUUCUCUUCUGAGAGUCCCAGUUCCAAGGUCCAUUGCUUUCCCAACACCUUUCUAUUACCCCGGGAGCAACCUACCAGCCCUACCUUUAUACAAUCUGUAUAACAAGAUUGAAUACUGACUUUACUCUCACCGCUCUUCAAAACAAUAAGUAAAAAAUAAAACUGUUGACACAUAAAUGUAUAUUUAUAUGAUAACCUUACCUGUUGGAAAUGUAUCUUUCUUAUGCAACAACCGAAUGUGUAAAUAUGAUAGCAGUGUGCUUCUCUAAACGGUAAAUACACCAUGUGUAUAUUCAUUAUUUUGUAGAUUGUUUCCCCAUUAAACAACUGCCCCUUCCUCGUUUAACCGAUACAGCUGUUAUGUGAAGAAAAAAAGAAACUUCUGGUGUUUUAAUACCAGGAUAUUUAACAGACCACACUGAAAUAAAUUUAUUUGC